CCGGCGACUACGGCGGCCGGGAGGGAUGCUGCGGCGAGCGGCGGCGGCAGCAGCAGCGGGCCGGGGCCUGCGGGGGCCGCUGGGGGCGGCGGGGCAGCGGCAGCAGCGAAGCGGGGAGGGCAGCCCCGACGGCGGCUCCCGCAGCGACCGGGCCCCGAAGAUCUACACGAGGACGGGAGAUGCAGGCUUCUCCAGCACCUUCACCGGGGAGCGGAGGCCGAAGGCCGACCGGAUCUUCGAAGCCCUGGGAGCCACCGACGAACUGAGCUCGGCCAUCGGGCUUGCUGGUGAAUUUAUGAGUGAAAAGGGCCACACAUUUGUUGAACAACUUCACAAAGUCCAGUGUAUGCUGCAGGAUGUGGGCUCCAACAUCGCGACGCCUCUCUCCUCAGCCAGGGAGGCUCACUUAAAACGAACAUCUUUUAGUGAGAAGCCAGUUCUGGAGCUGGAGCAAUGGAUUGACAGUUACUCAGAGGAGCUUCCUCCACUCAGAGCUUUCAUCUUGCCAUCAGGAGGUAAAAGCAGUGCUGCUCUCCAUUUUUCCCGAGCUGUCUGCCGCAGAGCUGAAAGGUGCGUGGUUCCUUUAGUACAAGCAGGGGAAGCAGAUCCAAACGUGGCCAAAUAUUUAAACAGUUGUGCAUUGCUGGAUACAAACGCACCUGAUGUGAGAAGUGGUUUCACUGCUUUUCCCUUGGUUUCCAGAUUGAGUGACUACCUCUUCGUUUUGGCACGUUACGCUGCAAUGAAGGAAGGAAAGGAAGAGAAAAUAUAUUUAAAGCCUGGACCAUAACUGGGAGGUUUGUUUUCCUUGAUCAUUGGAAGCUAAAUCCAGCAGACUGCUUUCCUCCAUCGAGGAAGGGAAAGAGAACAAGUCUGGAUUGGAAAUGUGAGCUGCCAAGAACUUCCAGCUUAAAUAACUAGGACCUUGUUCAAAAUACUGUGAGGAACACAGCUGUUCUGUUCACUGGGCCUUAUCCAAAUACCCCUUGUAUAAAACCGUGGUGAUGGCAUCAGAGUUACUGUUUGCCUGGGGUUGGAGUUGAGGCAGGAGACUUCAAAGAACUACAGCUGAUUUCUAGAGAUGUCUUAAUUUCCCUGGGCAGUGGCAGGUGCUGUGAAAAGGCUUUGACAGGACUCUGAGGAAUGAAGAAGAGAAAACAAUCAGCUUCUCUUUGUAAGUCAUAAUGCUCGUACAGAACAGCAACUGUGUAGAGAUUCAGGAACUCCGUCCACAAGCUUUGAAAUAAUAAAUGUGAUUUACUUGUAACCAAAGAGCCCUUAACUGUCAUACUUUUAAUACUGAGCCCAGCAUGCCUUUUUUUAAGUUGCUUUCAAUCCAUCAGCCCUGGCUGAAGCUGAGCUGUGUAGAUUUACAGGAAUGCACUAAGAAUUCUUUGGCUCUGGCUGCCUCUCUUUAUGCAUGCGAAGAAUGUCUCUGUGCUGACAAUCUAGUGCAUCCUCUGCCAGGAACGGAGCUCACACAAGAUAGAGGGAUUAAAGGAGGAAGGGCCAAAGCCUACAGGUCACGUGCAGGCAAGAUGAUUCGAUGAUUCUAAGCUCUGUUUCGGUAGCUGGGGUUAACUGCACAUGGAGCUGCCCCUUUGAGCGCACAGACCCCCCUGAGUUUGGUUACAGCAUCCCCCUCUGGCUGCAGGUACCAGCUGACGGAGAAGAGCCCUUGUUUAGUUUGAAUAUCUCUCUACUGGGGACCACUUAAGUCACUAAGUUUGCAGAUAAAGGGGCUGUGAUGAGUAGCAGGGGCCCGGUGCCUCCUCAGCUGACAGCUAGAGUUGGAAGAGAGAGGCUAACACCCAAAGGGCUUCAUAUCUCACACACGUUAAUGUCCGCGUUGACCUCGGGAGUGUCACUGUCACGGAGCCCUCAGCAGAGUAGACUAGAGCAUGUCCUAGGGCUUGGAGAAUCUGGCCGCAAACAUCACAACAGCAGAAUGCAGUACUUCAACAGAGAAGACAUCCUCUGUUCCAGCUUCAUGAUGGACUGAAGACUGCCAAAAAACCAUACUAAGUAUGUAAACAAGUGCAUUACAGCCAGCUGAAUGAGUUAACGCCUUGCUACCCACAUUGUAUAGAGAAUACAGACAAUUACAGUUUUACAGUUAAGUCCAAGACACUUACAGCUUGGAAAUGUAAUUGGGAAGAAUACACGUCAGACAUGGUGGUUUAAGUCUUCCCCUCCUUGUAUGGAGGAGCAUCAUGGAAACCUGUGGGCAGUAGAGGUGAUGAUUACACAUCAAGGGUGCUUGUCCUGCACCAAGGGUGCCUCUUUUAGUGGCAGGAGCUUUUCAGUCAGUCAUGCAGCUUCCUCUGUUCAAUUAUUUAAGUAGAAACAACCUUAAACUUGCUUCCCGAAAGAGUCUCUGGCUUUUGUGUUAACUUUUUAAUCAGAGUGGGGUCAGAGUGAAGAAUGCCCGGUGCUAAUAGAUACCGCUGUCUCAUUACUCACCCUUUUUUUUUUUUUUAAACAGAUAUUUCAUGGCUAUUGUUAAUGCACAUUUUUCACAGAGUAAUUUUCCAAGCCUUAGCCUGUAACACAUCCCAAUGACAAAUGCUCUUGAUUUGGACUGUACCGUCAGCUGCAAUGUCACAUCAGACAUUUUCUCAAUGCCUGCUCCAGACAGGCCAUCCAGUUUUAUGAUAGCUCUGUCUCAGUGAUCACUAUUGAACCUUAGGAAUCUAGAGGCUUUUCAAGUUUAAUUGAAUAAAAUUCUUUGCAAUAUAAAUUCUUCAUGAAUGCUAUAUAAAUCAGCUCCGGGAUGGAUUUAUAGUAUUUUCUUUUUUCCAGCUGGGGGGAAGAAAUCUCACUACUGUUUUGGGACCAAAGCUAGCAUUGUUUUGAUUGCAAGGAGAAAUAAAUUUAGCUACUACACUUUAA